AUGCCCGUCGCGACACGAGCGGCAAUGCAUGCGAGUUUCUCGAGCGAGGAUGCGUGUGUGGUCGAGGAACCGGACGACAAUGUGAGCACCAUUUCCGCCGAUUUGGACGGCGAGCGCCACGGCGCGCUGCUGCAGCCAGAGUCGGAGGACUGGAUGCUGCUCGAGUCGCCGUACAUGACGCACUGGACCAACAAACGCCAUACAACGAGCGGCGAUCCGCGGCCGCGGCGUGCGCGCGACAUGCCUGACUGGCGCAUGCGCGAGCGCCUGCGCACGGUUACUGCGGCUCUUGUCAUGUGCCUAAAUAUUGGCGUGGAUCCGCCCGACGUGAGCAAGACAAAGCCCUCCUCGAAGCUUAUAUGCUGGAUGGACCCCGAGUCGCUGGACCCCAGCAAAGCGCUCCCUGCCAUCGGCCGCAAUCUGCAAGUUCAAUUCGAGACGCUCAGCAUGAAGACGCGCUACAAGCAGUACCUAGACCCCAUUGUCGAAGAGACAAAGCGGUUCUGUACCAACCUGCGGCGCACUGCAAAAGACGAGCGGGUCCUCUUCUACUACAAUGGGUUCGGUGUGCCUAAGCCAACGCCGGGCGGCGAGGUGUGGGUUUUCAACAAGGCCUACACACAGUAUAUCCCCGUCACACUCUACGAUUUGCAAACGUGGCUGGGAAGUCCGUGCAUCUACGUGUGGGACGCAAGCGCUGCUGGGAACAUAGUGCACAAUUCGCGGCGGCUUGCGGAGGCGCGCGCAGAAGAAGAGGUCAAGGUAGCCGCUAGCGAGGGCCGUCCGCCGCCGCCGAUCCCAAAUGCAGACGGGAUCGUGAUCGACGCGGAUGGCGAGCCGCAGUUUCCAUUGCGCGAAUCAAUCCACCUCGCAGGGUGCGGCGCGGACGAAGUGCUUCCAAUGAAUCCUGAUUUGCCCGCGGACCUGUUUACCUGCUGCCUUACGUCGCCCAUCGAGAUUUCCCUGCGCUGGUUCGUCCUGCAGAAUCCCUUGCCCAGCUCGCUGAAUGUCGACAUGGUCAUGAGCAUUCCAGGCCGCUUGCAGGACCGACGCACGCCUUUAGGAGAGCUUAAUUGGAUCCUCACCGCCGUCACCGACACGAUUGCAUGGACUGUGCUCCCUCGCGCGCUUUUCCGUCGCUUUUUUCGCGACGAUCUCAUGGUCGCAGCGCUCUUGCGCAAUUAUUUGCUUGCGCAGCGCAUCAUGCGCUUUUACCACUGCACGCCCGUGUCCUAUCCAAGCUUGCCAGACACACACGACCACCCCCUCUGGGCCUCUUGGGACCUCGCCGUGGACCAGUGCCUCGUGCAGCUUCCCACGCUCCUCGCCAAAGAGCAGGCACGGUCGGAAGCGGUGAAUGGCGGCGAGCCCAUCCCACCGCACCUCGCCGCAUUCGAGUACCGCCACUCUACAUUUUUCAGCGAGCAGCUCAAAGCAUUUGAAGUGUGGCUCUCCCAGGGCGACGUGAGCAGAAGACCGCCGCGGCGAAGGGUGCGGCGCUUCCCCUUUGUCGCGCUCGGCGAUCCGAUCCAGCCGGAUGCAAUGGAAGCUGCGCGGCUGUGGCAGGAGCCGCACGAGGCCGACGAAGAACACGAUCCCCCCAUGCAGCUCCCCAUCGUCCUCCAAGUCCUGCUCUCUCAGAUCCACCGCCUCCGCGCCUUGAUUCUGCUGAGCCAGUUUCUCGAUCUGGGCCCGUGGGCCGUGAAUUUGGCGUUGAGCAUCGGCAUCUUUCCAUACGUACUCAAGCUUCUGCAAAGCCCCGCCGCCGAUCUCAAGCCCGUCCUGAUCUAUAUCUGGGCGCGGAUCCUCGCCGUGGACCACAGCUGCCAAGUCGAUCUUUUGCGCGACAAUGGAUACAUGUACUUUGCCGCAGUCUUGUCCCCGUUCCAGGCAAGCACCUGGGCCAAUGGCAGCACACUCCCGAUUCCCAACGUGUCGGAGCACCGCGCCAUGUGUGCUUUUAUCCUCGCUGUUUUCUGCCAAGACUUUCCUGCGGGACAGGCGGCGUGCUUGGAGGCAGACGUGAUGGAUGCAUGCUUAGAACACCUCGAAGACGACGACUUUCUUCUUCGGCAGUGGUCUGCGCUGUGCCUCGCGCAGCUGUGGGGCCACAACGAGGCCGGGAAAGCGCGCGCGAUUGCCAAGGAUGCGCACGGCAAGCUGUGCUGCCUCUUGAGCGACGCAUCGCCCGAAGUGCGCGCGGCAAUGCUUUUUGCCUUGGGCGUCCUGCUUGGCACAAGCGCCUCCGCCCACGAUCCACUCGACAAGCUCAGCGCGCCAAAGCGCGACGCACAUAAACAGCCGCUGUGCAUCGGCACAGGAUCCGCCACGGGCCUCGCUCCGGGCCGGCAGCGCUCCUUGGAAGUGGGCAUUGCCGUCGCCGUCCUUUCCUCCGCGACAGACUGCAGUCCGCUGGUGCGCAAAGAACUCGUCGUGACACUCAGUGCGCUUGUCGCUUCCUACGAGAGCUUUUUCACGCUUGCAGCGUACCUGUACUAUGCGUGUGAUCUAGAACAAAUACCGCGGCGCGGCAUGCUUUCCUCGGCGCAGAUCACUGCCGAGGUGAAUGCGCGGCUCGACAUGGAAGAUACACUCCUCGCCGACAUCCUCACCCUUGUCAUGGAGCACGACCAGUCCAUCGAAGCGCAGGACAUUGCCAAUAUCCCCACCAUCGUAUCGCUAUUUGUUGCAUUGCUCGACCUCAGUGUCGAUCCGCACAUGGAAGUGAGUGCACUGGCCAACACAGUCGUCGAUCGACUACUCGCAACCGUGUUCAACAGCGGACUUUUGCAGGCGCACGACAGUGCACUGCGCCUCACGAGCCCUGCGCCGAUCAAAGAGCGGCGCACCAUUCACACGCGCGUCGGCAAAACAGCACCAAAAGUAGCGAGCGCUGCGAAUCCAUCCGCACUUGAGCGCACCGUCCAGGCGCUCUCGAAACUGGGGUACGGCGCGCCUAUGGAACCGCUUCUAUCUUCCGAAGCGCAUCCAUCGCACGUCACCGUCGCAGGCCCGAAGAUUGAGCGCCUCGAGAAUGGGCACGUCGAGCACGUCAGUUUUGCGCAUUACACCUCGCCGUACACAAACGAACCUACCACGCCGAGUCCCACAGACCGACGCAGCGGCGCGACAACAGCGCGCACGCCGCAACACGCCGCCACGAUUCUUGCGGCCAUGAUGGCCAACGACCUACACAGGCUUCACACACGCUCCACCACGCAGGACUUGACGCGCCUGCCUGCGACACCAGACAUGCCGCCGAUCCGCCACGACCUUCCGCUCACGUCGCGCUUGUUUGCGUGGUGCAGCGAGUAUUACACCGAGCCGCAGAUGAAGUCUGCCGAGGCCGACGAGCCAGGCAGCUGGCAGUAUAACUGGCAGACAUGGCGCAGGCAGCGGAGCGAGCGCCAGAGUGUGGAAGCAAUCGGCGCUGCGAGUCGUGCAACGCGCGGACGGUGGAAUAUGCGCGCAGGCAAACUAAUUAUGCCGGCACCGCCCGCUGCGAUGGCGUUCCAAGAGUUUGAAAAUUUGCUGGUCGUCGCGUCCGAAGAGCGCAUGGUGCGAGUGUAUGAUUGGGAGGAGCGGCGGCUGCUGAGCACGUUUUCCAACGGAAAUCCGCGCGGCACAGACAUUACCUCGCUUGCAUUUGUCAACGAAGAGGUAGAUGCUCUCUUGCUUACGGGCGCGGCGACGGGAAAUGUGAGCAUUUAUCGCGACUACCAGCACAAGCCGCAGCUGGUGAGUGCUUUCCGCGCGCUUCCAGACUUGGUCCGCAGUACUUAUCCUGCGGGACUCACAGUUGCUUGGCAGCAGGUUGCCGGGCGUCUGCUCGCCGCAGGAGACUGCCGUGUGAUUCGGACGUGGGACGCACACCGCGAGCUUUGUAUUGCCGAUGUUCCCACGCAUACCAACAGCUGUGUGACUUCGCUGACGUGCGAUAGCGAGAUUGGCCACUUGUUUAUGGCAGGCUUUGGCGAUGGAUCGAUCGGUGUGUACGACCAGCGUAAUCCACCUGGGAGUAGCUUGGUGCGGUUAUGGGAAGAGCACAAUGCUUGGGUCCAGAACUUGCACCUCCAAAAGUACGGGCAGCGCGAGCUGCUCUCGGCAAGUGUCGAUGGCGGAGUGCGGUUAUGGGAUAUUCGCGCGCGUGCUUCGCUGGUUCAGGGCAAUGUCAGGCUCGGAGGGAAUCUUUCCAGCUUUGCCUUGCAUGAUCGUGCGCCGCUGUUUGCCGCUACGUCGACGCCGCAGGCGACGACGUCGGGGUAUGUGUACUCUGCACAGAUUUAUACAGUGCAGGAUAUGAAGCCGCUUGGCGGAUCCAUUGAGCGGGUAAUGCCGGCGAAUGCCAUGCGUGGAAUGCCGCCGUCUGCCUACUCGCCCAGCAUGACGCAAACCGCAUUUCACCCACAGUACCCAUUGAUUGCAUUCGGUGGGCUUGGGGGAAUUGUAGAGCUCCGUAAAUAUGACUAG